GUGGUUGCUGUUAGCAAGGAUAUUAUAGUGAGGAAAUAUGGCAGAACAACAAUUGGACAGUAAAAACCAAAAAAGGAAGGUUGCCUUUGGUAUUGACGAAAGUGAACAUUCAGAACAGGCACUUCAAUGGUACUUUGACAACGUGAUGCGACCAGAUGACUAUGUCGUGCUUAUACACACUCCAGAACUGUAUGAUUUCUCCAUGGCCAGCCCUUCUGUUGUUGAUCUGAUGCUGAAGGAGCUAACAAAGAAAGUGACAGCUCUAGAGAACAAGUACAAAGUAAUUGUACAGAAAAGUAAGCUGACAGGAAAGUUCCGGACUGGUCAAGGAAAGCCAGGCGAGGUUGUUUGCAAAAUCGCAGAGGAAGAGAAGUGUGAGCUCGUGGUCACCGGCACGCGUGGUUUCGGAACAGUCCGGAGAACAUUGCUCGGCUCCGUUAGCGAUUACAUCAUCCACCACUCGCACGUGCCUGUUCUCGUUGUUAGGAAUACAGCGCUUAACCGAUAGUGCCCGUUCGUCCUUUGAUUGUUUGAUAAUGCAAAAGUUUGUGUUACUUAUGGUUGUUUGUAAAUUGACAUAGAGCACCUUAAAUACUAUUGAUAAACUUAAAUUAUAUUUAUUAAAUGUUUUCUGAAAUGGAAUAGAAUAGCAUAAGGCCUUUGACAAAAUGCACAAAAGGCAACAUUAUACUCCUUUCAUUUUACAAAAGGUUGACUGGUCAAUGUUUUCACACUUUUAUAUUAUAUAAUACGGGAUAUGACUUUUUUGUUUAUGUUGAUAUUGCGUCAUGAUUUUGUUAAGGCCCGUCACUUUACCAAUGGUAAACGACGUUACAGUUAUCUUAACAAAUGUAUGUUGUUGAUAACAAAACAUUCUCAGCUACAGAAGGUAGUAUCAAUUUUAAAUCGUAACGGUAAUCUUAUUAGAAAUUAAAUAUGAGAAAUGAUCUCUUGUUUCUUGUGCCUAUGCUGUGUGCACAAAGUAGGGCACGCUUGACAGUUUCACAUGAAGCGCUAUCAUGAACAAGUUAAAUACUUAAACGUAACCUUAAUUAAUACUGUAUUGAGGAAAUCCAUAGUUGAGUACCUCCAUAAAUUCAUAAAGGCGUUUCUAUGUGAAUGGCUAUUGUUUAAUCUUUACUGACGGCAUUAUUUCUUUUAAUAUGUGUUUAAUAACAAAUCGAUGUGUAUUGUCGGACAUCAGUGGUGUUAUAUCUUAUCUAUUGUUACCGGUGUGUUGUGUCUACACAUCAGCCUAUAGGUAUAUGUUUAUUUAUUCAUUAAGGACCUUCAACAGUUUACACGCCGCUUGAACGACCAAAACAUGAAGCAAGUCAUAGUCUUUGUUUGAGGUUAUAUAAAGCAUAAGACAAAUAUCCGUUGCAACAGAAUUAAGUGUAAUUAAAAGUUGAUUGUACGAGAAUUUAGCCAGAUUUACAAAACGUAUUUGUUCUUGUGUCAAAUUAGUCGAGACUACAAAAUCAUCAAUGCCUUGUGGCAUUGUGAUAAUUGCAUCUAUUUUAGGAAAGAUAUUUGCACUUUGUAGCCAGGAAAUGAAUUUAAACCAGUAUGUUUCACUAUUGUAUUGAAUAUCUUUCUUACUGGAAAAAGAAAUCACAUCUUAUUGUUAAUUGUGUAGUAUAAUGUAAAAGGAUUUGGAUAAAAACUCAGAUAAAAACUUAUUUUGUUAAAUUUGUUCUAGUCCUUUUCAACCAAUAAUCAUAUUCCAAAGGAUGUAUGUUUUACAUGUUGUUACCUUUGAUUAAUAACUUGACAAUUUAAGGGUAAAUUUUAUAUUAUAUUCUCAACUGUUUGUUGAUAAUUUUUCAAAUGUUUGCUGUGACAAACAAAAAUAAGGACGUUGUUAGAAUUGUGUGUGAACAUUUAAUUUGAGGAUCCUGUUUGCAUAACGAAUGGUUGUUUUAAACUUUAUAGUAUUAAUUCACAAAUUGAUUUUUUCAUGUAUCGUAAUAUUUUAUAUGUACAUAUAUUGAAUGUAUACUAGUAUUGACAUAUUCCGAUUUAUAAUCCUAUUGUGCACACAUGUAUAUACAAACAUUGAUAUGCAUGGAUA